CUCAAAGUUAAGAUGGCCGUUUUGAGCCACCUCCCCCUACGUGUGAUUGACGCAGUGUAGAAUUACCCAACUACUAUAUUAUUUAACUAAAUUACCAUCUCUCUAUGUCCCAUACAAUUGAUUGACAUGAUUGACGCAAUGUAGAAUUACCCGACUACUAUAUUAUUAAACUUAAUUACCCCCUCUCUAUAUCCCUUACCCCAUAAUUGUUGAAUCACAGUUACGUUUAAAUAAUUUAUUCAAACAAACUCUUGGUCUAGUAAAAGUUGCAAUAAAAAGAAAAUGCUAAGUCCAAAAGUGACAGUUUACACUCUUCUGGAGCCCAGGAUGUUUGCUAAAUACAAAGAAACAGCGAAACAAGAAAUUCACAAAACGUUAAAAUUAUGCAACUUUUGUACGCGAAAAAUAGGUAUUUCUUUUAUUGACGAACAGCCCACUGUGAUGUUUUGGAAAGUGUGGAACCAAUUGUGGUUUAUUGGGUCAGCACUUGUAUUGUUCUUAAAAGUCAGUGGUGAAGUAAACUACGUUGUUAACAAACUGGUCACAUCGUCUUCAGUGGAGGAUUUUGUGGCCAGCUUACAUAUUGUUGGAUAUGAUACCAUGAGCUUCGGUAAACUUCUAACUAUUUGGUGGACGAAGGAUAUAUUUCGUAGUCUUCUGACAAAGUUGGAAGACUUGUGGCCAACAUCUGACCAAGAUAAGGAUGCAGUUGAAAUCAAGAAUGAAAAACUCUCGCGGUUACGGAUCAUACAGUUCUGGUACGCUUUUUGGAAUAUACUGGGAGUUUGGUUGUACAACUUGACUCCAAUUGUGAUAUACACAUACCACAAGAUUCAAGGAGGACCUGCUCAUUUGGGCUACAUCUGGCACUUAUCUUAUCCCUUUGAUAAGACGCAGCCCGUAUACCACGAACUUGCCUUUGUCUUUGAAGUUUACGCAGGAGUGGUAUCAGUUUGGUCUAUGCUAGGCUCAGAUAUCCUGUUCAUGACCAUGGCUAGUCACAUAAGUAUGCUGCUUCGAUUAUUGCAAUUGGAGAUACGUCGCCUUGCAGUAGAGAAUCAUAAUAAUAAUCAGCCGGUAGAUUGCUUUGAUGAUAUUGUCGGAGUUAUUAAAAUACAUCAAAGACUUAUUACAUACGGAAAUGACUUAAAAGAUGCCUUUUCCGUCGUAUUUUUAAUCAACGUCCUGUUAAGCUCCGUGAACAUCUGCUGCGUUGUUUUCAAUAUCCUUUUAGAUCCGUGGAUGGCGAUGAGUAAUAAAUUUUUCCUUGGAGCAGCGUUAACUCAAGUUGGCAUUCUCUGUUGGUACGCUGACGAUAUUUUCACUUCAAGCUCAGGGAUUGCCGAUGCAGUUUAUGAGAGUGGAUGGUACAACAGCAACAUACGAUGCCAGCGUACUUUAAUGAUAGUGUUGCAAAGAUCCCAAAAACCACUCUACUUUACAGCGUACAAAUUUAGUUCUAUCACAAUGUCGACAUACAGUUCUAUUCUCACAAGCUCUUACUCCUAUUUCACGUUGCUGUAUACUGUUUAUCGAAGCGAUUAGAGUGAUCUUCUUGUCGCGAAAAUUUUUUCAUAAGU